AAAAUCUGACAGCUGUACUGUGACGCAUUGUUUUUGUGGGCCAUUGCCUCGAAAAAAAACAAGCCAAAAAGUGAUAAAAUCCUGCAAAAUUCACGGAUAUUCGACGGCAAUCUUGAGCUGCAGUGUUUCAAGAAUAUAUUCCAGUGGUUCUGACCACUUGUAGUCAAUGUAUAGUGUCGUCCAGGAAAGUGCUGUGCAAUUCUUUGUCUCUUGAGCGGAAGUACUAGGAAAUUACUGGAUCAACAAUGCCUAUUCUGUACAGUGUUAUCGCACGCGGGAGUACCGUCCUGGCCAAGUAUGCAGAUUGCGUGGGGAACUUUGCUGAAGUGACAGAGCAGAUAUUUACGAAGAUUCCACAAGAAAAUAACAAACUCACCUAUUCCCAUGGCGCCUACCUGAUACACUACAUUUGCGAAGACAGGAUUACGUAUAUGUGCAUUACUGAUGGGGAUUUCAAAAGGGCCAGGGCAUUCAUGUUUUUGGCUGAGAUCAAGAAGAGAUUCAUCUCGACUUAUGGACUCACAGCGGCCACAGCUAUUGCCUAUGCAAUGAACACUGAGUUCUCCAAGGUCUUGUCCACCGAAAUGAAGAAGUUUAGUGAUUCUGUGGAGUACGAUUCUCUGGCUAGGGUUCAUGGGCAGAUAGACGAGCUGAAGGAUAUCAUGGUGAAGAAUAUUGAGAAUGUGACUGCUCGAGGGGAACGUUUGGAGUUGCUGGUGAAUAAAACGGAAAAUCUCCGGAAUACAUCUGUCUCCUUUCGUCACACAUCCCGGAAUCUCGCUCGAGAAAUGUUUUGGAAGAAUAUCCGAAUGUAUGUGAUUCUGGGAGCUAUUAUUGGCUUUAUCAUCUAUGUGAUUGUGUCCAUGGCAUGCGGAGGACUCGCCUGGCAGUCCUGCAUCAAGAAGCAGUGAGCAUCAUCUAGCCCCAAAUUUAUUUUUCUCUUUUUCCCACUUUACGCUGGAUUCUGAGUAUUAUAGUCCCCUCAUCUAUUUUUUUGACCAAUAAAGUUAUCUUUUUAUCGCGAAAAUAAA